AUGACGGACAAAGAAAUUGAACUUUAUUAUAGAACUGUGCUCCACCUCGUAUCUACAGCAGGAAAAGUUGUCAACGAAGGAUUUUUGGGAAAGAAACGCGUUGAAACCAAAGCUGGUGCGGCUGAUCUUGUCACAGAAUUUGAUCAACGUGUUGAAGAAAUAUUAAUUAAAAAAUUGCAAGAAGAAUUUCCUACACAUAAAUUCAUUGGAGAAGAAUCAGCUGCUUCAGGAGUAAAAACAACAUUUGGGGAUGAUCCAACAUGGAUUAUUGAUCCCAUUGAUGGUACAACAAAUUUCGUGCAUGGCUUUCCAUUUGUCGCUAUUUCUAUUGCACUUGCAAUAAAAAAACAAGUAGUCAUUGGUGUUAUUUUUAAUCCUGUUUUGGAUCUUCUUUACUCAGCCGUACACGGCAAAGGUGCAUUUAAAAAUGGUAGACCAAUUAAAUGCUCAGGACAAACAGAAUUAGGAUUAUCUCAAGUAGCAGGUGAAUAUGGCUCAAGUCGCGAACCUGAUGUAUUAUCAGCUAAAUGUAAAAAUUUACGAGUUAUUAUUGAAAAAGUUCAUAGUAUUCGAGCUAUUGGUAGUGCAGCUAUGAAUUUAUGUAUGGUAGCUGAAGGAAGUUGCGAUGCCUAUUUCGAAUAUGGAAUUCAUAUUUGGGAUUAUGCUGCGGGAGAUCUGAUUGCACGCGAAGCUGGCGCAUAUACAUGUGAUCCAUCAGGUGGCCCAUUGAAUCUUCUUCAUCGUUGCAUUUUAUGUACAGCCUCAAAGGAACUUGCUGGACAAAUUUCUCCUCUACUAACUCAUGUUGACUUUCCAGAUGAUUAG